AUGGACUUCCAAGAACUUGAAAAUUCCCCAACAACGAAGUUCGUGCUUGUCGGUCACCUGACCAGCGAAGAUUUCCAAAAAAGUAAAUACGCCAUUACGAAAUUAUGCAACAGUUUUCCAAAAGAGUUCGAAACUCCCAUUUUUCGUCCAAUGCUCGACGUAGAGUGGACCGAAUUUAUCAAAAAGCAUCAGAGAAAAUUGGGCAACGGAUUGUGGACUAUCAAAAAUCGUGUUGUGGUAUUCUUCAACGGCGAAAUUCUCGGUGAUUUCAGUGACCUCAACCAAUUUAUUUCGAAAAGAUGGACAUAUGUUUUCAAUCAGGAUUGGUAUCAUUUGGCUAGCAAACAUCUAAUCGAAUACCUUACUGAAAAAACGGAAAACUAUAGACAGCUCGCAUAUCUUACCAUUGCUAUAAACAGUCAAGUAAAAGGAUCUCUUUUAUUUGAAUUAUACAAUGAUGUAGUUCCACUGGCAUGCGAGAACUUCCUAAAUCGUUGCAAAGAUGAAUACAAUGGAUAUCUCGGAACUCAAGUUCACAGGAUAGUGAAAAACUCCUGGAUACAAUGUGGAGGACAUGAUCUGAAACCCAUUAGAAUUCCUUGUGAAAAUUAUGUGGUACCACAUAACCGAAGAGGAGUGCUAUCUAUGUGCAAUAAUGGCCCUCACAAAGGUAACAGUACUCAGUUUUUUAUAACAUUAGAAAGCACUCCCUGGAUGAAUUACAAUUACGUUGCUUUUGGACAAUUGCUUCAAGGAGAAGAAAUUCUACAGGCCAUCGAGGAAGUUCCGACCACUAACUUCCAAGUACCACAGAGUGAUGUAAACAUAAUUAAAUGUGGUGAAUUCAGGACGACAUUUCAGACAUCGCCUGACGGUGGAAUGCUUUAUACUGCUGAUGAAAUUGGACAAUGGAAAGAAAUACAACAAGAGCUUGAUAUAUUGGCAUACCUCAAAACUAGUCACCAAGUAGUAAUUGGAGAAGGUGGCCAAGGAAAAAUCGAUUAUUUUGGACAAAUGGAUCAGCAAUCAAUGGAUUCCAUUGCGUCACUACGAAAAAUUAAAACAGGACUUUGUAGUUUGAAAAGUGAUAUGAAAUCUCAUGCCCCAUUUACGCAUUUACCUGAUGAUUGUAGUGACGUAGGAGAGAUGACUGAUUAUACAACUUGUGGUCCAGGAAAUCCGUUGAGGAAAUUUCCACAGUCAUUUUACGAUAACGAUUCGUUUCCUAGAAGUUCUGAUAUCACUUUGUAA